GCAGCAGCCUGGCAUAUGAGUCAGUGGGAUAUAAUGUAUUUACUUAUCUAGCGUGUAGUCCGAAAGACGUGCAUGACUAAAAAACUAAUACAUAAAGGAGUUAAGAGUCGAUUCACGCGUAAUUUGACCGAUGAAAUAGCUCGUUGAAAGAUCUUGCACAUGAUAGUGAAUUCACGAUAAGCUAACAGUCCAACAGGAGAAUAAAAGGCGUAGAUAUUUUUCAUUUUUCACGUGAAAGGUUUUAAAAAGGUGAAGAAACAGAUCAAGCAUGCCUAAGUUCCCCGACAAGCCCUCGAGCGAAGAGGAAAAAGCCGACGGUCCCGGCCCAGCGGGGAACCCCACGGGCAGCCUGGAGCCGUCCGAGCGCUCCGUGAGGAAAGGGAUCCGGCAGAGCUCCAGUCCGCACAGAGGUGACACUCCGCAGUCCAGCCCGCCCAGGUUCGUGUCAGUGGAGGAGCUGAUGGAGACGGCCAAGGGGGUAACAAACAUGGCCCUCGCCCAUGAGAUUGUUGUGAACGGGGCCUUCCAGGUCAAACCUCCACAGCCCGCAGAAGGCAGUUUGGAGAAAAGAGUGAAAGACAUCAUGCACAGGGCAUUUUGGGACUGCCUGGAAGCUCAGCUGAAGGAGGACCCACCCAUGUACGACCACGCCAUUAAACUGUUGGGGGAAAUCAAGGAGACGCUGCUGUCCUUCCUGCUGCCGGGCCACAGACGCCUGCGCAACCAGAUCGAGGAGGCGCUGGAUCUUCAGCUCAUUCAGCAGCAGGCUGAGAAUAGGGCCCUGGACAUCGGGAAGGUGGCCGAGUUCAUCAUCGGAAUGAUGGGGAUGCUGUGUGCCCCCUCCAGGGAUGAGGAAAUUAAGAAGCUGAGAGACAUCACUGGCAUUGUACCCCUUUUCAGGGCCAUUUUCCAAGUGUUGGACCUGAUGAAGAUCGACAUGGCCAAUUUUGCCCUCAGCAGCAUCCGGCCACACCUGAUGCAGCAAUCUGUUGAGUACGAGAGGAAGAAAUUCCAAGAAUUCCUCGAAAAACAACCCAAUGCCCUGGAUUUCACCUGGAAGUGGCUUCGUGACACGACCGACACUCUGCUCAGCUGCGAGAGGGAGGACAAAGCUUCGUUUUCAGGGGCUGCUGGUCCUGAAUCCACUCCGCUGCACCCCGUUACUGUGCACAACCAUGCUUAUCUGCGACUGCUCAAGUGGGACCAUGCUUCCUGCCCCUUCCCUGAGACUCUUCUAAUGGACCAGAGUCGCUUUCUGGAGAUGCAACUAGAGCUGGAACAGCUCAGUAUGGUGGCCGCAGUGCUGCUGAUAGUCUACAACAGCACGGGACCAGCCCUCAGCGGCCUGCCGGAUGUCAUGGGGAGACUGAAGGGCAUCGUGCUGGUCUUACUGGCAGAAAUGCACACAAUCUCCUUCAGUGCAGAGGAGGCCUUUGCCACCAUUGGAGAGAAGUUGUGUGCAGAGGUCGGGGGUUGUUUGUCCCAGCAUGGCUUCCCGCUGCUCUCCACCGAGCAGCAGAGUUCGCUGAAGGGCCAGAUUGCUGCAGUCCAGCUCCCAGACAACUCCAUCCGCAGGCUUAUUGAUUCUCGUAUCCAGAACUUCCUGUUGGGAUUUUUGGAGUCCGGCCCCCAGAAGUGCACUCCAGUCCUGCCCAGUGGCUUGGCUCCCAUCCAGAGAGAGCUGGAGGUGAUUGCGGUCAAGCUCAGCCGUCUGGUCAACUACAACAAGCUGGUAUUUGCCCCAUACUACCAGAAGAUGCUGCAGGAUAUCCCAGGUGGGGAAGGCUGGCCAGAACCUGGGCCUUCAACAGGAUAAGCAUAAACUCUUCUCACUAGUGAUCUCUGCGUGGCAUGGACCUGGAAGAAAACACUCCAUUCCUAUCCCUCCAGUUAAGAAACAAACUCGCCACAACGUAAUAGGGUGCAGAAUGUUCAUUACUUCGUAAUAGGUUUAGCUUAACACCAAGAAAGUGAAAAAAUAAGCUUUUUAACAGAGUUGCAGUGAGCUUGUAGCGUCUUUUCUAAUUACUUAGAAUGAUAACAACUGCUAAUAAAUUUACCUUUGAGUUACCAGUUAUUCUGAGGAGUUUGAAUUGCAGUAUGAAUUCCAUCACAGAUAACCAAAAGAACUUGAGAACAUGCACACCAUCACAGGAGGUGUUGACUGGUGCCUUACACACAUCUCUAGGUGGUACUAGUUAAUUCAUAACCAAGUCGUCUCCAUGUUUAGUUAGUUAACACAGCAUUUGUUCACCUUGAUACAAUACCAUCAAUAAAUACUGUCACACAUAGAACAAUUUUGCUGUGCUGCCAUAGUUCUGUGUUUUGGGUUUGCUGCUAUUCCAAGAAAAGAAGCAUAUUAUUAAUCCACAGAAAAGUAGUUCCUCUGCUGUUGUAAACAAUUAUAAUGCUAUUUUGUAAUUGGAAUACUGUGUGAGAUGUUACAGUUGUGUGUGUGGUAUCACUUGUGUCUGAGCAGAAAUGGUGCCAUACAGUAAUCCUGAAGUGGACAUAUUUUAGAAAGCUUCUAAUAUACAAUUAUGGCAUUAAGAAAUUCACAGUAAUGAAAGGAACAAACAUUUUAUGCAUCAGUGUCAUAAAGCUUGUAUUAAUAGAAACUAAGUGCAGACAAACCUUAUCUUUACUGAUAAGUUACUUUAAAAAAACGCUGAAUCAUCCAGUAAUGGUUGUGUAACUAUAGUGGACGAGAUACUAGUAUGUAUUGUGUAUCAAAGCUUAAAGAGUUGCCUAGGUGACCAGUAUUUUACAUAAUCCUGAACAUACUUGAUUAAGAUACACUAUAUAUACUUGCUUUUGAAUUAUCAUUGCAUUACCCAUGGCUGCCUAAUAUGUUUAGUCUUUAUAAGUGCACUAUUUUGCUGUAUCUGAUUUUAUAGGUUGUCAUCAUUUAGAAUAACGAUGUUUAAUUUGUGAAAUGGAAAUAUUCAGAGGAAAUGUGGUUUUAAGUGGGCACCAUGUGCCAGUUUGUUUAUUGCCCAAAGGCUUUUAUUUUAUUUAUUUAUGUUUUGUGUUAUUCAUCUACAAUGUAGAUGAGGGUAUGUUAAGUUGUCACUUACUGGAACCUGACUUAAGUGUUUGUCAAAUGUGGGUUUGAAACCAGCAGCAAAUGAAUAAACAAAUACGCAU